AUGUUCAGCCCCAGUCUUCAAGUGCUGCUCUUGGGGGUGCGAGGUUGAGAGGGAGGGUAACGCCAAGAAGGGAGAGAAAUACAUGCAUCAAUAGGCUAGGCUCCAUAUUUCUCCUCCUACAAUCCCGUUAUAACGUUGCCUACUCUGACAAUACGGAGGAGAUAGUGUGAAUUUAAAGGUGAGUGAGCUAAGGGGAUAAUUAUUUCUUACGUGUGUGUGGUGGAUGUGAUGAGAUUCUUCAAAUACAUUCGCCGCCUGGUGCGUGACGGGUUAAAUUCUGCAGUUUUUGGUGAGAUGCUCGUGAGGGUGUCUGUUGGCUUUCCCGCAUAUUGAGAUGUUAGGAUAAUAGCCGAUUAUUAUCUGAUAAGGGCUUUAUUGGAUGAAAACAGGGCGUGCUUGUUCCGGAGAAGAUGAAAGGUGAGAAAAUUGUGAUUAGGCUUUCACGUUUAUUGGGGGGAACGAUUGAAACAGACUAUGCGCUUAAUCGGGAUGGUGGUAUGAUGGAACAAACAUUCAAUAAUGCAUUACCAUGCUAAUUUCACAGUCUGCUCUACAGAAUGCCACACAAGGGGACAAUCAUUAGGCUACACAGUUUGGAUAGGCUAGUGCCCUUCCAAUGCCUAUCCCAAUUUAUGACCAUUUAGAUUAGGCCUAUAGCCUAAUGUAAAAUAUUGCUUCAGAAUUUGAGCCAUAGCCUAUGAUAAGAAAAAAUCACUGAAACAAUGUAGCCUAAUAGGGAUAUGCAAUAGGCUAUGUUAUUUGAAAUAUCCCAGAAUAUUCCCAUCAUGGAAUGCAAUAUGUCGCCUUAAUUCGCAGUACCUGUUAAUGCAUGUAGAGAUUAAUUGUAUGACUCAGUUUGGUCCUGUAAGAUUAUUGAUGCAUAAUCCACAUCUAAUCAAUGCAAAUGAGUAGCCUAUGGAUCCUGUCUCUAAUCAGUAUAUCUUAAUAUGUAGGACAAUUUUUUUUUUAAUGAAAUGGUUUAGCCUGUACUGAAUCCAUUAUUUUUAAAGCAUCCAUCCAUCAUAAAUGUAACGAUGUGCUCCUGCAGUCAGCCUGUACCGGCGCGCUGCUGACUCCGGUGCUGUGCAAUGUCGCCCCCGCGGCUUAUAUGUUGAUGACAUAUGGUGGCCUGAGUCUGCGCUGCCUGCAUGUUACAAUAGCCAACAGUUCAGGGACAUGGCGGUAUAGUACAGGAUAGUACAGUGUGUGCUGCUGGUCAUCAGUCAUCACCCAUCACCCGAUCGCUGUUCAAGGAUGGCCUUGGCCUGUAUGUCACUGCUGUUCAAGCCUUUUUAUGCCUGUAAUGGCCUAUUUUCAACUGUCACAAUUAGGAAAUUAUGAAGCUACAUCUCAUCUGUGAGUUGUCUUUCUAUGUCCUCACUUGAAAGACAAUGAUGAGUUGAGGAUAAGGACAUUUACUGUAGCACUCCUCCCCCUCAUGACCUCUGAUCUGACAAGAUCUGACAGGUGAAAGCAAUAUGGUGGAAACCUGUCCACUCCUUUCAUAUAUCAGAGCGAGAGAGACUGAGAGGGGGGCUGAGAGAGAGAGAGAGAAAUACAGAGAGAGAGAAAGACAGAGCGUGAUUGAGAGAGAGAGAGGGAUAGAGAGAAAUAAAGUGAGACAGAGACCUAGACAGAGAGAGCGAUAGAGAGAAUAUUUUUAGAGUACUUUAAGAAGGGAAUGCAGUGGAUAAAUGAAGAGUCAGUCUAUAUCUGUGUGAUGUGAGAUCUCAUCCAUCAUCCAUUUGGAUUUACACAACACUUCCAGGCAGGCAGGCAGCCCAGGGCUGCAUCUCAACAGUCUAAAGUGGCUUCUUCCCCUUGUCUCCUUUCCUUUAUCCGUCUCCUUGCCAAAGGAUGGAUAAAAACAAGAUGGUCGAUGUGUAUUGUUGGGAAUCUGCUGUCAACUAUCAAGUAGUUUCACACUCAUCAGAGCAGAUGAAGAAAAUGAGACAAGGAGAGGAAGCCUCUUCAGACUAUUGAGAUGCACCCAUUGUCAUUUCAGCUAACCAGAAAGCCAUGAUCUCCAGUAAACCAUCUAAAGUAAACAUUCAGCCUGUGUACUGUUCUGUUGGCGCAGUGAUACCUUUUGCUUUUCUGACGCUUCAUGAUUUAAGAAUGUAUUUUCUGGUGAGGGAGGAGAGGAGGGAGAGAGGGAGCGGGUGUUGGUCAUGUGUGUUGUGUCUACAGUAUUUAUGGACAAGUGUGUGUGCAUGUGUGUAUUGUAUCUAAUGUGUGUGUGUGUUAGGGGUGUGCGUUUCCUUGCAGCCUGACUGGAUACUUUGCCUUCACUACAGUGACAGAAGUAUUAGGGGAUAGAUGCACGACCACUGGGGUUAUAUAAGCCAAGGAGGAAAAGGAGAAUUAAGGAAACAAGGUGAAGGAAUGAAGGAUAGACAGAUAGACAGAGACAUCUUUGUGGGGUUCAUGCAUCUGCAGUCAUUGAAGGCUUUUCCGCCUCUUUAAAGGAGCUCAACAAAGGCCUGUCUGUACCUCCUCCUCUCUCCCUUCUUAGUGACCAGAGACUCAGAGGCAGCAUCCUAAAUGGCACCCUAUUCCCUAUAUAGUGCCCUACUUUUGAUCAGAGCCAUAUGGACCCUGGUCAAACGUAGUGGACUACAUAGGGAAUAUGGUGCCAUUUGGGACAAAUCCCAGAGCUCAGAUGAAGACAGACACAGUCUUUGAGUUCAGAGUGGGAUGCUGCUGGAGCUGAGAUUCUAUAAGAUAAGAAGGAGGAAAGGGGCAUGAGAGGAGAAAGCGAGAGGGAGGGAGAGAGAGAGACAGAGAGGGAGAGAAGGGGAGAAAAUAAGAAAGAGAGGGAGGGAGAAAGAGAGAGUGGCAUGGGGUAGACCGGGAAAUAGAAUGAGAAAAGAUAGAAGGACAGAAAGUAGGAGAGGAGAGAAAGUAACAGUCUGACAAAAAAAAAGAGAGAAAGGGACAAAUUGGAAGAUAGAGGAGAUGAUGAUGCAGGGAGGGAAAGAGGAUAAGAGAUGUGGGAAGAAACAGAGAACGAGGGAGGAAGGAAAAUAAAAUAAAGAGAGGGUGGCAGUAAAAAAAGAGCGAAAGACGUGACAGAUAGAGAGGGACUGAGGAAGGAAGAGAGAGUGACAAAUAGAGCAGUCUAGGCGAAUAGGGGACAGAAAGAGGAAGGGAGGAAAAGAGGGAGGGAGGGAGUGAAGGAUAGCAGAUGGCCCAGUCCGGCAGCCCAUGGUUAACAGCCCAAAGGAGAGGAGGCAUGUUUGUGUGUGUGUGUGUGUGUGUGUGUGUGUGUGUGUGUGUGUGUGUCACUGUAAACUCAGUGAGGCGAGCACCAGUGUGUUGUUUCCCUUACAAAAAAAAACAUGUCAAAUUUGUCCUAAAACCAAGUCUGACUCAAAUGUCUGUUUUUCCCACGUGACAUUUUUCACGUGAUUUGUUCACAUGUGGAAGAUUCAUGUGAAACAUCACAGGUGUCCGAAUACCACGUCUGACUCAUGUGAAUGUUUUUUUUUUUUUUACAUGUGACAUUUUUCACGCGAUUUGUUUACACCUGUGUUCACACGUGUCUGUAAACCACAUGUUUUUUCACAUGAUUGAUUGUGUUUUUUUGUAAGGUUUCUGGCCCCAAAUGAUUCGAAACACUAUUUUUUCCUCAUUAAAUGGAGUAGAAGAUCUUGGAUUAUCUGCUUCACAGGUCCUCUAAAAAACGUCAGCGCAGAUACAUUCCCCUUAGGUGCUGUAGUGACACAAAGAUCAACAUGUUUCACAUGCCUGUGUUCACACACAUUUACAUUUACAUUUUAGUCAUUUAGCAGACGCUCUUAUCCAGAGCGACUUACAUAUGAUAUAUGAUAUAACAUGUUCUUAGUACCAUGUAAUUCUUUAGUAAUAAGAACACAGCAAGGUGUUCACAACUUCAUGUCCCAGGCAGAAUCAACCUAUAGAGACAAAAUGAGUGGAUGCCAUUGUUAUUGUGUGAAUGGCUGUACCAAAGGGACACAACUGAUGUGUGGUUGUUGGUGUUGUUGUCUGAGGGACCAUGUUCUCUGGGGCUCUGCUGUGUCCUGUCUUUUGUUUCAGAUUUAAUAAAAUUACUGUGCUUUCAGGCUAUGAUAGUGGCUCAGCUUUCUGCCCAGUGCAGGGUGUAAGAGGCUGGGAGGGAGGGAGGGAGGGAGGGAGGGAGGGAGGGAGGGAGAGGGAGAGGAGAGAGAGAGAGAGAGAGAGAGAGAGAAACAGAGAGAGAGAGAGAGAGAGAAAUAGAGAGAGAAACAGAGAGAGAAACAGAGAGAGCGACAGAGAGAGUGACAGAGACAUGCAGGAGAAGAUUGGAUGAGAGUGUCUUGUAGCAGAGAGAGAAAGCGUGGUUGUGGAAUUAUGACAUUAUCACAUGCUAAUUGUCCUCAUUAACAAAUGAGAGCAGCAGGUUUUCUGUUCCUGCCAACAGAUCAGGUCUCUGAAGAUGGCUUAAUGCUUCCUGCUUUGUUCACACAUUGUCUCUCUCUCGUUCACACACGUACACGCACACACACGAGCGCACACACACACACACACACACACACAUUUUACAUUUACAUUUUUAGUCAUUUAGCAGACGCUCUUAUCCAGAGCGACUUACAGGAGCAAUUAGGGUUAAGUGCCUUGCUCAAGGGCACAUCGACAGAUUUUUCACCUAGUCGGCUCUGGGAUUAGAACCAGCGACCUUUCGGUUACUGGCACAACGCUCUUACCCACUAAGCUACCUGCCGCCCUACACACACACACACACACACACACACACACACACACACACACACACACUGCCAACAGUUCAGGCCUGUGUCUAAAUGUCUAGAUGCUGUCUCCUUUCAUCUCUAGCGUUCAGGAUCUAAAUCUGCCGCUACAGAUGUAGGAUCUUCAUUUGAUCACCCUGUUGCAUUAGAACUUUCCUUCUAUGCAGGACAUUUAAAAUGUGUAGUAUAUUUGAGGUUUAAAAAGGCUUCUGAAGUUUGUAAUUUCCACUUAAAAAUUUCAGACUUGAUUUUCACUUACGAAAAAUGUAUCAACCCCUACAAAAAUGUCCAUUAAUUAUAAUCCACAUAAUAACUCACAUUUCCUGUUGCUGCAGGAUUCUUUUCCAGCUUUAGCAAACUAACUGAAAUUAAGAUCCUACAUCUGUACAUUCAGGUUUUAAAUUCUCUUGUCUGUCAAACCCUCUAGUCUCUAAGUAUGAAGAGGACAUAUUUAGACUAAUACUUCCCUUGAUGUCUCUCAUCUGAAGUCUCACCUCACUGCUCAGAUCAUCAUAACCCUCUCAAUGCUCCAAUUAAUCUGAAUUCUCCAAGACUCAGCGCAUGUUUACACACACACACGCACACAUGCGUGCGCACGCACACACACAAACACACUCACACACACUUCCCUCUUCUCAGGGUCCUAAGAAGGGAAAAGGUGGAUCUCUGUUUGAAACCCAGCCAAGCAAUUACACAGAUCCCCCCAGUCCCAAUUACCUCUGAAAACCAUUAAUUAUUCCCAGGCUGUUUUAAUUCAGGCAUGUUCACUGACACCUAAUCAAUAUACCAAUCCCUGUCUGGGAUCCAGUGGGAGCCAGUGGCGUCCUUGGGUGUAUUCUCCAGGAACCAAACAGACACAAAUAGGCCGAAACGGGAGUGACUAACCUGAACUUGUCCAAUAAGAAACACUCCUUUUCUUUGCAAAACGUUUCUGUUGCAAAACGUUUUGCUACGGUUUGCUAUGGUGUGCACUGAUGAAUACACCCCUAGUUUAAAAACUCAAACAAGCUUCAAUGUGCCUUUAAAGGGAAGGGAUUAUGAAAAAGAAUAGGUUGUUGUUGUUUUUGUUGUUGCAAUAAGUCCAUGUUUCUUUCAAUCUUAAAGCCCCAAUUGCUUGCAGCUUGGUAGUGUAAAUCAACUAUUGACCCUGAGUUGGAAAUGAAUUGGGAACUAUUUACACUACAUGAGCACUGUGCUAGUUUGUUUCUAGGAACAGGGGAGGUGCUGCACUGCAGGCUAUUGUUUGUACAACCACACUUUUCGCAUUGGUGGUAAAUUGAAUUCCCCUGAAUGUCAGGUGUAGGGAUUCAAUGUAGCUAAAAUAUCUACUGAGUGUUUUUUUCUUUAAGUAAUUAGAUUUUUCCAAGAGCAACCUCCUAAAAGCUAUCAUGGGGUGACAGUUGCAAGUGGAUGAAAAACCUUGUCCCUGUUGGAAUACUUUUAAAAUGGCUGAUAUAAUGUGACUGAUUUGGUGGAUUGCUUUCAUGAUCUAACAAUCAUGUUAGAUCAGGAAGGAUGGGGAGAAAGAUACCUGAUAUGUCAGAGAGGAGGAAGAAAUCUUGGGAUGACUGUUAGGAUAAGAGGAACACACACACACACAGGCACGCACACACAUACACACGCAUGAACACACACACACACACACACACACACACACACACUGCAUUCAUCCUCUGUUAAGUCAAGACAACCUAAGUGAUCCAAAGGACAUCCUCUCGGCUCCACUUCAUGCGAUGAUGUCACCAUGAGAUGAUGUCACCACCACAACAUGCUAUCAUUGUCUAUGAAUUGGCUAAGGGAGCAAGAGUCUUGCCCUCCCUUAGCCUUUCCUGUAUCUCUAGUCUGAGUGUCUAACACCAACCCCUCCCUCACCCUCACCCAUCCACCCCAGCCACAAAUCAGAUGGAGAAACAGAAAUAACAACUGAGGGAGGAGAAGAGGAUGUAGAGGUGAAAGAUAGAGGUACAGAGAGAGAGAUGGAGUGGCAUUCUAUUCUAAUGUGCCGCUUAUCAAACACCAUUUUUGUUUAUACUCUAUCUUUCCUUUAUCUUAUCUUCCCUUCAUCUCUCCUUAUUUCCGGACCCAGGAGAUCUGAUGAAGAUGAAGACAGUCAGUGUGGUGGUGGUGCUGAGCUUGCUGCUCUGCUCAGGUAUGUCAUUAAGCCCAGAGAUGUAAGACCAGAUAUGAGAAGGUCACAUGAGAUAAUACUUUAUUGAGGCCCAAAGGGGGAAUGUGAUGGUAGCAGUCAUCCAUCUCUGAUUCAGUUGAGUUAUGUGGAGCUGUCCAGAGUAGUGUGUGUGUCCAGAGUAGUGUGUGUGUCCAGAGCAGUGUGUGUGUCCAGAGUAGUGUGUGUGUCCAGAGUAGUGUGUGUGUCCAGAGUAGUGUGUGUGUCCAGAGUAGUGUGUGUGUCCAGAGUAGUGUGUGCAGGUUCAGUGUGUGGAAUAAUCCACCAGGAGGAGUAAGAGAUUGACAGAGACACAACCCUCAUUUUUGUUUCUUAUGGGUCCUUAAGACACAGCAUAGUUAUUGGUCAUAUAUCUAACGAAUCUGAUGAAUUUAAUUUAUAUGCAUAAAUAUGAAAUAACACCAACCUCUUUUCUCUUUGUCCAUAGCUCUGUCGGCCCCUUUGAAAGGUAAGCAUCCCUGCCAUCUGUUAUAAAUGCAUCAUUAGUUAUGAUAUAGUACUAAGCUUUGUGAUGCGUUUCUGUGGAAAUGUUAAAGAUACCCUCCCACCACCUCCCAGGUAAAGAAGACUCCCAGCAGACCAUGUUCUUUGGGGAGGACUUCCAUCUGCGGCUGCCCUCCCUGGCUGCAGAGGUUUUGUUCCGGCCCAGCAAUGCCCCGGCGGGGGCCGAGGUGGUCAUGAUGCAGGGUAGGUCCGUGGUCAAUAAACGUGCCAAGCUCAACAGUCAGCUCAGUCACCUGAUCCUAGAGAACGUGGGCGAGGAGGACGAGGGGACGUACACGGUGAAGAACAACGAACAGCCAGAAGAGGUCCGACGCAUCACACUCAUCGUCAGAGGUAUGGGGUCUGAGUGUGUGUUUGAAGUAGGAAAGUUUCUCUCUGGGAGGAGUGUUGGAAGUAGGAAAGUUUCUCUCUGGGAGGAGGGUUGGAAGUAGGAAAGUUUCUCUCUGGGAGGAGGGUUGGAAGUAGGAAAGUUUCUCUCUGGGAGGAGGGUUGGAAGUAGGAAAGUUGCUAUCUGGGAGGGGGUUGGAAGUAGGAAAGUUGCUAUCUGGGAGGGGGGUUGGAAGUAGGAAAGUUGCUCUCUGGGAGGGGGGUUGGACAUAGGAAAGUUGCUCUCUGGUAGGAGGGUUGGAAGUAGGAAAGUUGCUCUCUGGGAGGAGGGUUGGAAGUAGGAAAGUUGCUAUCUGGGAGGGGGGUUGGAAGUAGGAAAGUUGCUAUCUGGGAGGGGGGUUGGAAGAAGGAAAGUUGCUCUCUGGGAGGGGGUUGGAAAAGGAAAGUUGCUCUCUGGGAGGGGGGUUGGAAAAGGAAAGUUGCUAUCUGGGAGGGGGUUGGAAGAAGGAAAGUUGCUCUCUGGGAGGGGGGUUGGAAGAAGGAAAGUUGCUCUCUGGGAGGGGGGUUGGAAGAAGGAAAGUUGCUCUCUGGGAGGGGGGUUGGAAGAAGGAAAGUUGCUCUCUGGGAGGGGGGUUGGAAGAAGGAAAGUUGCUCUCUGGGAGGGGGGUUGGACGGUUGGAAGAUCUUCAUCGUCAGACACCAUAGUCUGCAUCCACAUGGGCUCUGGUCAAAAGUACUAAAUAGGUAAUAGGGUACCAUUUGGGACGCAGCCAUACUGAGCUUUUUCCAUUGAGUCUUGGAGUCUUGGCUCAGUCUAAAUCCUUAGGACUAAAUUGAUACUGGCGUUCUCUCUCAAACAUGCUGCCCUGCCACCGUAGCAGUGUGUGCUUCAAACCAUCUGUCUGUCUCAGUCUAGACACAGCUUGUUCCUGCUCAUUCCAUGGUUUAAUCAUGCUGUCACUUAGGUCAACAGGCCAAGCCUUUUACAUCUACACAUGAGCAAUGCUGUAUUAGUGUGGUACAGCCCUGUUGGCUAGCGCAGCAGCAAUGUUCUGAACAGCACUAAGUAUCUGAAUGUAAUGAGAUGAGGAAGACAUAGUCUACAUCCCAAAUGGAACCCUAAUCCCUAUACAGUGCACUACUUUUGACCAGGCCCCAUAUAGGGAAUAGUGUGCCAUUUGGCAUGCAGUUACACAGUCAGAGAGGAAGGAUGAUUUGGUGAUGCUGAGAAGACUGAGCUUUGCUCUGCAUGGACUGGCGUUCCAAGCUGUCUAUUCUGCAGUCACACUGCACGCAACAACUAAUGGUUUUAUGCCACGUCAUUGACUUUGCAGUCGAGCAUCAGAAUGCUAUAUCAGUUGAUGCAGUUGUCUGAUAUCAAAUGAUGCAGUUAACUGUGUGGAGCUAGCUAGCUGUGGGGAGCAGUGACGGCGCCAUAUGGAGUUAACAGUGUGUGGAGAGGAGGUGUGUGUGUAGUUAACAGCGUGUUGCAUACACCAGGCAGUAAUUAUGCAGCUAUUUAACCACCCCAUCCGUCCAUCCCUGCUGUUUUUCUUCUAUCUUUAUCCUCCUUUUCUCUCUCUUGUUCUUCUCCUCUCUGUGCUCUGUCUCUGUCAUUCUCUCUCAUUCUUUUGUCUUUCCUUUCUGUUUCUCUCGCUCUGUUUCCUGAUCUCUUGUCUCCCUCUCAUUCCCCUUGUCCUCCCCUUUUAUACCUUCAUUUCUUUCUCUUGCUCUAUCUCUGUAUCUAACUGUCCCUGCCUCUCCCACCCCUUUCUCUAUCUUUUAGACUGUUCCAACGAGCAGAACAUAAAGUAUGGGGAGAACUACCACAUCCAGCUGGCGGGGGUGGAGGCUCCCAUCACCCUGGAGUACAGGCCCAGUGCUGUGGAGGCCAACCUGACCUCCAGGUACAGUUGUUUCUCUGUCAACAUGUAAACUUCACUGCUUUCCUCAAAGGAGGAUUUACUGUCUCAUAACAUUAAGUCUCCCAUCAAUAUUGAUUAUCACGAUGUAGUGGUUAUAGCGAUAAUAUUGUGAUAUCACGGUAGUAUCAUGAUAUCGCGAUAAUGUCACGGUAUUGUGAUGUUGUGAUACUAUUGUGGUUGUCAUGAUAGUAUCAUGGUUAUCGCGAUAGCAUUAUCAAUAUGAUAAUUAUCAUUACACCAUCAUUAUAUAAUUAUGUUAUUCUGAUCAAUAUCAUGAUUGUUGUGAUAACAAGUUCUAUUAUGGUUCUCCAUUAACCCUAACCCUUCAGGCCGGGCCUGGUUCUGAUGAGCCAAGGAGAGCUCUCCAGAGAUGGGUACCAGGGGCGCCUGAGUGUCAACGAGCGCCGGGUCACCCUCAACGCCGUGACAGGCGCCGAUGAGGGAAGCUACACAGUCAGAGACACUAACAUGAAGAUCAUGAGGAAGGUCUGCCUAAAUGUCAAAGGUACAUUUGUUUUCAUCCUCCCUAUACCUUCUGUGUGCAAACCUUUACCUUGGCUUUUCUACCUUUUUUAUCCAACCUGCUGCAAAUUCACUGUAACGUUAGUCAUCAAUGGGUUUAAAGAUGGAAUCCGCAGUAGGGGAUCAGCGCCACUCUCCGUCCCACCACUGUUGUUAUUGUUUGUGUUUUGCCAAGUGUAACAAUGCUACAUAUUCUGCUCUAUGGGUAAUAAUUCAAGGGAAAACAGUGUAGUUUCAGUACUUCUUGUUGUAAUGCAGAGUGCCAGCUUUCAAUAGAUCGCUUUAUUGUUUUCUGAAGUGAGUUAUCCAUUUUGCGUAUUGUCUUCCAAAAUGUUUUGUUUGUUUAAUGCCCCCUCUCUCUUUCCCCCCUUCCUCUGGAUCUUCUUCUCUUUCCAUCUCUUUAUCCUCUUUUUGUCUCUCUCUUCCGUCUCUUCUCUCUCUUUCUCUCUCUCUCUCCCUCUCUCUCUCCCUCCUCCUCUCCUCCCUCUCCCUCCCCCCCCCCUCCUCCCCUUCUCUCUCCUCUCUCUCUCUCUCUGUCUCUCUCUCUCUCUCUCUCUCCCUCCCUCUCUCCCUCUGUCUCUCAGACCACCAGAACUUUGUGAAGGUGCCGUACGCUGGCACCCUGAAGAUCAACCUGAUUUUGAAUGCCUCCAUGGUGCGGCUGUUCUACACGCCCGACUACGACUUACAAACCAGACAGAUCCUGAACGGGGGACAGUUAACGGUACUGAUUUAAAAUCACUCAAAUUCUACCCUAACUCUACUCCCUAUAGCGCACUGUGGGAUGGUAAGAAGACAUUAUCACUUAUACAUGCUUAUGAGAAGUCUUAUAAUGCAUUAUACCUGUUGGCUUGAAGUAAAGUGUUACCAAAUAUUUAUAUCCAAGUGAUUUACUUUUAUUUGCCAAUAAUAAAAAUCGUCUUACAAUGUUGAAGCAAAGUGAUUGAACUUUUGAACCUAGCAUGGCUCUUGGUUGAUGAUAGGUGCCAGCGGACCUGGAUCUGGAGGGGCGGAUCUCUCUGGAUCCGUCUGUGGUUAUUCUGGACCAGGUCAAGGCCAGCGACGCCGGACAUUUCAGGGUCACGGACAUACUGGGGUUUCCUGUGUCCAACGUCUACCUGGAAGUGGAGGGUGAGGAGAGGGGGAUGGGGGAGGAGAACAGAGGAGAGGAGUAGGGAGGAGAGAGGGAUGGGACGAUGAAGGAGAUGGAGAGGGGGAUGGAUGGGAGAAGAGUUGGCCAGUUCAGGGUCAUCGACCAACUGGGAACCAACCGUGUGUCUUACGUCUAUCUGGCGGUGGAGGGUGAGGAGAGGGGGAGGGUCAGGGGUUGGAAUGUCAAUGAUUUACUAACUGAUAAAACCUGGGAAGAAUGUAUUAACAUUCUCUCUCCUUUCCUCCCUUCACCUCUUUCUCCUCUCACGUGUCUGCUCCUUGCCCCCCUCUCCUCUCUCCCACUUCUAUCUCCUCUCCCUUUAUCUCUCUCUCCUCUCUGCGUAUCUCUCUCUUCUCCUCUUCUCCUCUGUCUCUCCCCUCUCUCCCCUUUGCCACACUCCCCCUCUAUAUCCUCUCCCUCCCCUCUUUCUCCCUUCUCCCUACUCUCCCUCCCCCUCCCCUCUCUCCUCCAGCCUACAAGCUGCCGUCCCUCUACGUGGCGAUCAUAGCACUGGUGGGCUUCCUGGUCUUCCUGCUGUUGGUGUGUCUGCUGUCCUGCCUGGUCAAGCAGAGGAAGAGGGCUGCCAAGGCCCGAGCAAUCGAGAAGAUUGCCCAGAACGCAGGCAAGGAGGACGAGGGAGAUGCCUUCAGACAGGUACCACAGAGACAGAGACAGAGACACUGGUGAUGUCUCAAAUGACACCCUGUUCCCUAUAUAAUGCUCAGCACUCGACAUAACAUGUAUGUGUGGUUUCCAGGUGGUGAAGAACAUUACUCAGUUUGAGGAGUCAAUAGCCCAGUCCAUCGACAUCACAGAGAAGUCUCAGAGCACUGAGGUGGACAUUAAAGUAAGUAUUAGUGACACAGUGGUUAUUUCUGUAGACUUGAGGGAAUUAAUGAGAAUAACGGAAGGGGAAUUUUGUCUAAAUAGCUGUUAAAAUCUACUCUCCUGUCUUCACCCUGACCUCUCCACUCUGACCUCUGUGUGUUGACCGCAGGGUCUGGAAGUGUCGUCCAAGGAGGUGGCAGGUGGUAACCUGGAGACCAGCGACUCAGGGGUGGAGUUUAACACCACUGGCCUCCCAUUGGACACUGACACUGAUGUCCCCGACCAGAUUCCAGAAUCAGAGGCUGAGGCUGAGAGUGUUGCCUUCGUCCCAGAAACCAAGCCAAGCCCACCCCUGGUUACCAAACCGAGCCCGGUUCCCGAGAUCAAGAAAAUCUCUGAACCAGCUCCUGAACCAAAGUUGACCAUAACCAAACCCGUUGAGACCAAACUCAGCCCAAUCCCAAGCCCGGUCUCCAAGCAGGCUCCAAGCCCCAUUGCCAAAACACCUGAACCAGCCAAAACUCCUGAAUUUAAAACUCCUGAAUUGAAAACUCCUGAAUUGAAAACUCCUGAUUUGAAAACUCCUGAACCGAAAACAUCUGAAUUGAAAACACCUGAACCAGCCAAAACACCUAUUGCUGUGUCUCCAAGCCCGGUGUCCCCUAAGCCAACCCCACCCCUGACCCCUGUCUCCAAACCAACUACACCCCAGCCAUCAACCCCCGAACCCCCCAAGCUGGUGACACCAGCCCCCGAACCCCCCAAGCCGGUGACACCAACCCCAGAAUCCCCCAAGCCUGUGACACCAACUCCCGAACCCCCCAAGAUGCUAACACCAACCCCGGAAUCCCCCAAGCCUGUGACACCAACCCCGGAAUCCCCCAAGCCUGUGACAUCAAUCCAGACUCCGACCCCAACCUCAAUGCUGAGCCCUGAACCUGCUCCAACCACCAAUGGCACACCCGAACCACCAAUACCUGAAUCCAAACCUGACACUGCUCCGGCCCCAGUGGGUCUGAUCGAAAGUCCUGUCGCCAAGGCAACCCCUCCUAAAACCCCUGAGGUGGAGGUGACCGCCCCAUGUAGUCCAUCCCUUGAGGCCAAAACUGACGCCCCAGCUGAGGACAACACCGCCACCACCGCAACCUGA